AUGGUAUCACUUGUCUCCAAACUCCAAGUAUUCGCCUCUUCCUUCCCCUCUUACUAUCUCCUCCACCGCCUCUCCCCCCUUCUAACCGCUCGUCUUUCCCUCUCUGCAUCCCCUCCUUUUCCUCCCUGCAUCCCCUCCUUACCCCCCCUGCAUUCCCCCUGCUUCCUAUCGUAUGCGUUGCCAGUGGUGCAGGCACUGGCAGGGCGUGUGGUGCGGCGAGUGCGGGCGGUGGUAGGGCGUGUGCCCACCAGGGACCUGGCUGCUCAGGUGGGUAAUACGGUCAUUUCCCCCUCCCCAGUAGACGCUGGCGUAUGUGCUGCCAGUGAUGCAGGCCCUGGUGGGGCACGUGGUGUGAUGAGUCAGAGUGGUGGUUGUAUUGCCCACUCGAGACCUGGCUGUUCAGGUGGGUGUUAUGGCGUGAAGCACGUGUUUGACACCAUAGCGCUGGCUGUCGGCCUUGCAAUGGCUCUCGUCAUCAAAUCAUAG